AUGUUUGUGGCGCCAUCUACCGUUCUCUACACAAACUGCCCUGGAGCUCCCAGUCUCGAAGCUCUGGCAAGUGACGCUGAACUCGAGGAACUGUCCAAAAAACUGUUGGCCAACUCUGAAGGUCUGCGAUUACAGGUUGUAGAGAAGGACGGACACUACUUCACUUUGAACAACACCCGACUACAAGUCUGCCAGUGGAUGGAGACGCGGGGACAGUGCCGCACGGUGCGCAUAGAGACGGUGCCGCUCAAAUCAGUGCCAGACGGUAUCAAACGGAUGAUGACAGUUCCACCGUCUUUCAGGGUACCUGUCCCAGUUGCAGGUAAGUGUACGAUUUAUGUUGCGGCUGUACUGUUAAUCACAUGUGGAACACGCUACAAUCA